AUGAACCUUACCAAGCUGACCAGCCUUAAGUUAUAUCAAAAUCAAUUCAGCGGCAAUCUACCUUUGAAUAUUGGAAAGCUUUCUAAAUUGAAGCAAUUGAUGCUUCACACAAACAACUUAACGGGUUCUUUCUCCCGUUCUUUGCUGAAUUGCACAAAUCUCAUCCAUUUGAAUUUGCGGAAGAAUUUCUUUGAUGAAAAUAUCACCGACCUGAAUGUAUCGAGUCUUCAUCAACUCACCAUACUUGAUCUAGGAAGUAAUAAUCUCGUUGGUAAGUUUCCAGCAAGCAUUCAUUCAUGCAUGUCUAUAAGAGGAAUUAGAAUUUCUCGAAACCAGCUAGAGGGAGAAAUUCCACCUGAGGUGGCUCAAUUGAAAUAUUUGUCUUUCCUUUCAGUUAGUUUAAAUAAGCUAACUAAUGUCACUACCGCAAUCAAGAUUUUGAUGCAUUGCAACAUUCUUGAGGUUGCCAUCCUUGGAAACAAUUUUUUGAAAGAAUCUAUGCCAACUGAUGUUAGUAUGAUUGAUAUAGAUAGAUUUAAAAAUCUCCAAAUUUUGGAUCUUUCACCUUGCCAGUUGACCGGUCAAUUUCCCAUAUGGAUAUCUAAGCUAAAGAAUCUGCAACUUCUACGCUUGGGUUCUAAUCGCAUCACAGGUUCUAUUCCCGGUUGGUUGUCAACCCUUCCAAGACUCGGCACUAUAGACUUGCGAGAUAACCUUUUUUCUGGUGAAUUUCCAAAGAAAUUUUGUGAACUGCAGGCAUUUGUGUCAGGACAUGCAUUGUCUUAUAACAGUACUUCUUUCAUUAUGCCAUUAUAUUUUGUCAGCGAAGAUAAUAAUCGUUACAAUGCCUUGAACUACCUUUCUCAGGCGAUAAUCCUUCAAAAUAAUAAUCUUAGUAGCACUAUCCCCACUGAGAUAGGAUGUUUAAAGCGACUUCGUGGCUUAAAUCUUGGCCAUACCAAGUUGACCGGCACCAUUCCAACCCAAGUAUCAGAGCUUACAGACUUGGAAUAUUUGGAUCUAUCUGCAAAUCAUUUGUAUGGUGAAAUACCGGUAUCACUAACUAGCCUACAUUUCCUACAUCUCUUUAGUGUAGCAAACAAUAAUCUCCAAGGAGCAAUACCAGUAGGCACUCAACUCCAAACCUUUGAUGCCUCUGCAUUUGAGGGCAAUCCAGGACUUUGUGGCUAUCCACUUUCUCCAUGUAGCCAUCUUACAAGUAGCAAACGAGAUGAGGACAUUCAAGAGGAGGAAGACAGACAUACAAUUCCAUGGUUUCAUGUUACUAUGGUGCUUGGCUUCAUUGUAGGAUUUUGUGGAGUGUGUGGUCCUUUAGUUUUAAAUAAAAAAUGGAGAGUUGCAUAUUUCCAAUUCUUUGAUAAGCUAAAAGAUAGGUUCUUUGCGAAACUAGAAGUGCUUUGGUCAGAUUGA